AUGGCGCCGUGUUGCCCUGCCGAAUCUACCAAGCCGGCCUUCAUCGGGAUCUUCGGCGCCAUCGUCGGCGGAUUCGCCGUCUCCGCUGUUUUCUUCCUCCUUUCUUUCUCCUCUAUCACCGCCCCCGCGCUCCCCUUCCCGGUCGUCACCGCCACCACCACCAACCUCUCUGCUCUCUCCACCCCCGCCCAGCCGGAGACCAUGUACAACCGCCCUAUCUGGAAAUCCCCGGCUCGGGGGUCGCGGAUGCCUUCGCCGCGCGCGUUCCGCCUCACCCGCGACAUGGUGCGCGCCCGCGCCCGCGAUGGGGUCAUCGUCGUCACCUUUGGCAACUACGCCUUCAUGGACUUUAUCCUCACCUGGGUGCGCCACCUCACAGGCCUCGGGGUAGACAAUCUCCUUGUCGGCGCCAUGGACACCAAGUUACUCCGGCAACUCUACCUCACGGGCGUGCCCGUCUUCGACAUGGGCAGCAGGAUGGUCACGGAGGACGUUGGCUGGGGGUCCCCCACCUUCCACAAGAUGGGCAGGGAGAAGGUGCUGCUCAUCAAUGAGCUCCUGCCCUUCGGGUACGAACUGCUCAUGUGCGACACGGACAUGGUGUGGCUCAAGAACCCGUUGCCAUAUCUCGCCCGCUACCCCAAUGCGGAUCUGCUCACCUCCAGCGACCAGGUCAUACCCACAGUCACCGACGACAGCCUGGAGAACUGGAGGGAAGUAACUGGGGCAUAUAAUAUUGGUAUUUUCCAUUGGCGACCCACUGAACCUGCUAAAAGGCUGGCAAAAGAUUGGAAAGACCUUGUCAUAUCUGAUGAUAAGAUAUGGGACCAGAAUGCUUUUAAUGAUCUCGUACACAAAGUUUUUGGACAACCUGUUCAAGGAGAAGAUGAACUUGUCUACUCAUAUGAUGGAAAAUUGAAGCUUGGAGUCCUACCAGCAAGUAUAUUCUGCAGUGGCCAUACCUACUUUGUGCAGGGCAUGCAUCAGCAGCUUCGGCUAGAACCAUAUGCCGUGCACACUACUUUCCAGUAUGCAGGUACUGAAGGAAAGCGCCAUAGAUUAAGGGAGGCAAUGCUUUUCUUUGAUCAACCAUCUUAUUAUGAUUCACCAGGAGGUUUCCUAUCAUUUAGGCCUAAUAUUCCCAAACGAAUGCUGUUAGAUGGUGCCCAUACCAUUGAAUCUCAUUUUGCGUUGGUCAAUUACCAGAUGAAGCAAAUAAGAACGGCGUUGGCUAUGGCUUCCUUGUUAAAGCGGACCCUGGUAAUGCCUCCAUUAUGGUGCAGGCUUGAUAGGAUGUGGUUUGGGCAUCCUGGAGUUAUGGAAGGCACAAUGACUAGACAACCUUUUCUCUGUCCAAUGGAUCAUGUAUUUGAGGUACAUGUUAUGCUGAAGGACUUGCCUGAGGAGGAAUUUGGGCCACGUAUUGAUUUCAGAGAAUAUACAUUUCUUGAGAAUCCAUCAUUGCCUAAACAGGUGAAAGAGUCGUUUCUUGAGGUGCGGCUCUGCAAUGAGCAUAGCACCAGAUGCUCCACAGCCAAUGGAACCAAUAAACACAGAGCCCUUCUAUUGCCAAGGAAUAGCACCGAACAAAUGCUUUUGGAUGUCUUUUCAUCGUAUAAGAAUGUCAAGAUCAUACAUUUCUCGUCUAUGGUUGAUGGCUUCAGAGGUUUUGCUGAUGCGGCUGUGGAGACGCAGUUUCGGAAUCGCGUGAAGAGGUAUACAGGCAUAUGGUGUUGUGUCGAGUUCCGUGAAAUUGGGCACAUAUACUAUGACAUGUACUGGGAUGAUAAACCAGGUUGGAAGCCACACCCCCCACAGAAUAGGGAAGAGGACCAUCCACCUUGGGCCUGA